CAUCAGAGAGCUGAGGAGGAGGGAGAUGGAGGACAUGGAGGCAGCCAUGGCCAGAAAACGCUUCCGGCCAACACAUCUCAGCCAGAACGACAACAAAGAGAACCAACUCACACACUGGUCAGAAUUGGGGGGCUCCCUAGACGUGCUCUCUGUGAAACUACAAGCCAUCCAGGACAUUGAGGAGCUGACUGGACUGCUGCGCGGGGCCAAUGAGUAUGAGGAGAGGAAACUGAUCAGAGCUGCCAUCCGCCGGCUCCGAGACGAGGAGCAUCAGGGUACAUGGGAGAAAGGGAGGACCACCGGCCAAUGUCUGGAGUCUGAGGGCCUGGAGCUCCAAAGCAGCCUGGGAGCAGGGGACACCGAGAAGGAGAGGCUUGGCGAGCGAGAGAGAAUCAAGUCUCAGAUCCGGGAGCUACGGAGCCACCAGAUGCAGCAGGGCAGUGAGCUGCACAGGACAGGCUCCAACUCAGGCAUGGUUCUGGUUCUGGUUCUGGACCCCCUGGUGAGGGAUGAGGUCCCUCUGCUGACCCGCCCACAGACCCGGGACCCUGUGACAUCAUCAGAGCCGGACGUGGUCCUAUCCCACCGCCAGCGUUCUGACUCGACAUCCUCAGAACGCAGCCUGGCCUCCAGGCCCCGUCUGAACUCUGGAGCCUCAGAGAAGAGUCUGGGUCUGGGCUCAGCCUUCCGGACCAGGGUGGACUCUGGAGCAUCAGAAAAGAGCCUGGGCUCAGCCUUCAGGACCAGGGUGGACUCUGGAGCAUCAGAAAAUAGCCUGGGCUCAGCCUUCCGGACCAGGGUGGACUCUGGAGCAUCAGAAAAGAGCCUGGGCUCAGCCUUCAGGACCAGGGUGGACUCUGGAGCAUCAGAAAAGAGCCUGGGCUCAGCCUUCAGGACCAGGGUGGACUCUGGAGCAUCAGAAAAUAGCCUGGGCUCAGCCUUCCGGACCAGGGUGGACUCUGGAGCAUCAGAAAAGAGCCUGGGCUCAGCCUUCAGGACCAGGGUGGACUCUGGAGCAUCAGAAAAUAGCCUGGGCUCAGCCUUCAGGACCAGGGUGGACUCUGGAGCAUCAGAAAAUAGCCUGGGCUCAGCCUUCCGGACCAGGGUGGACUCUGGAGCAUCAGAAAAGAGCCUGGGCUCAGCCUUCCGGACCAGGGUGGACUCUGGAGCAUCAGAAAAGAGCCUGGGCUCAGCCUUCCGGACCAGGGUGGACUCUGGAGCAUCAGAAAAGAGCCUGGGCUCAGCCUUCCGGACCAGGGUGGACUCUGGAGCAUCAGAAAAGAGCCUGGGCUCAGCCUUCCGGACCAGGGUGGACUCUGGAGCAUCAGAAAAGAGCCUGGGCUCAGCCUUCCGGACCAGGGUGGACUCUGGAGCAUCAGAAAAGAGCCUGGGCUCAGCCUUCCGGACCAGGGUGGACUCUGGAGCAUCAGAAAAUAGCCUGGGCUCAGCCUUCAGGACCAGGGUGGACUCUGGAGCAUCAGAAAAGAGCCUGGGCUCAGCCUUCCGGACCAGGGUGGACUCUGGAGCAUCAGAAAAGAGCCUGGGCUCAGCCUUCCGGACCAGGGUGGACUCUGGAGCAUCAGAAAAGAGCCUGGGCUCAGCCUUCCGGACCAGGGUGGACUCUGGAGCAUCAGAAAAGAGCCUGGGCUCAGCCUUCCGGACCAGGGUGGACUCUGGAGCAUCAGAAAAGAGCCUGGGCUCAGCCUUCCGGACCAGGGUGGACUCUGGAGCAUCAGAAAAGAGCCUGGGCUCAGCCUUCAGGACCAGGGUGGACUCUGGAGCAUCAGAAAAGAGCCUGGGCUCAGCCUUCCGGACCAGGGUGGACUCUGGAGCAUCAGAAAAGAGCCUGGGCUCAGCCUUCCGGACCAGGGUGGACUCUGGAGCAUCAGAAAAGAGCCUGGGCUCAGCCUUCCGGACCAGGGUGGACUCUGGAGCAUCAGAAAAGAUCCUGGGCUCAGCCUUCCGGACCAGGGUGGACUCUGGAGCAUCAGAAAAGAGCCUGGGCUCAGCCUUCCGGACCAGGGUGGACUCUGGAGCAUCAGACAAAAGCCAGUGUUCCGCCCACAGAGGCAGACUGGACUCUGGCACGUCAGACUCCAGUAUGGGACCGCCAGCCCCCCUGGGCUCUGAGACCUCCGACGGCGCAGGGCUCCUGUCACGGAAACGGCUGGACUCAGGGACGUCUGACCUGAGCGUGGGCGUGUUGUCUGUGGGCCGGAGCCGAGAAGAGCAGCCAGAGGUGACCAUGAGUAGCUCCUCCUCCAGCACAGACUCUGAGGCUGAAAGCACCAACCACCAUCCAGACCAGCCCCAUCAGGACAGCACCACUACCAACCAUUAUCACCCUGAUGGGGCCGUCCUAUUCAGGAAAGCCCCAGACUCCCACAGUGGCCUGAUCAAUGGCAGUGCCAAGGAAAGAGGAGACAUCCAGGAACAGAAGGUCAGAUAUACUUUACCCACUCCUCUCAGAAAAUCAAAUGAUGCAGUUCCUGAGAAGAAAGAGCCAGUUGUCUUGGCCCCGUUCGGCCGGGCUAACUCUGUGCGGGACCGUAUGCGUAAGUUCACGGAGCCCAGUCCCAGUGUCCCGGUCCUGAAGAGGGGCUCUCAGUCUCUGAGGAACGCGACAGCCCCCAGUGCCCGAGUCCUAGGCAGAGCCACCCAGCUGAGUGAGGGGCCAGCAGCAGGGCCAGCCAAGCAGACAGCAGUGACCACAGUAGUAUCCAUCACCACCCCUACAGACAGGCCCGGGAGAACCCAUGUAGGCUCUACAUCCUACUCUUCAUCCGCCUCCUCCUCAAAGAACCAUGUCCAAUGCCAGGGCACAGUUCAUCCAGGGGGCGUGGCCACCAAACCUCUGCAAAGCGCUGCUCAAUCCUUGAACGCUGUAGGCGGGGCAAAGCAGGCGGCUGAAAAGCUGCGGCACGCCUCGGGCGGCUCAAAGGAAGACAAGACCCCAGGGAGAGCAUCUGCACAGCGGGACAGCAAGGGAGCGGCAGACCCCGACAUGAAGACCUUCCUAACUAUCGAGAUCAAAGAUGGGCGCACCACCACCACCACCUCUUCAUCCUCUAGAGGCAACCUGGCCCCACGCAUCACCACCAACCCCAUAGGACAGAGAGCAGAGUUGACUCUGGGCCUAAGAGCGACCCCCUUCAAGAUGUCCUCCUCCAGCCUUACCUCCGGAUCAUCUUUCAAGAUGGCCUCAGAGCCAGUGUUGGCGGUGGAGCCCUCAGUGCAGGUGGCCUGCUGUCAGCCCCCGGCUGCUGUACCCAACGGCUUCUCUGCGCCACCUCGGGACAAAUUCGAAGAGUGCUCCAGAAAACUGACCGCAGAACAGCUGGCCGCCAUCGACGAGGAGCUCCUGGAUAAAAUGCUGGAUGAGUCCAAGGACUUUGAGGAGAGGAAGAUGAUCCGACAGGCCAUGAGAGAUCUGCGUAAGAGGAAGAGAGACCAGAGAGAAAAGGAGCGGGAGUUUCGUCUUGCGGAGCUUCGGCAGCAGAGAGCGGAGCAUACUCAGAAGGGUCGUAUGGGAGAAGGAGGAGCUGGAGAGGUGGUGAUGAGGAAGGUGGAGAUGUCAGCUGAUGGCUCCACCCUCAGCCAAGUCACCAAGACAAACCGCUUUGCCAAGUCUGGUGAUGGCAGCAGGACAGCUCACAGCACCAUCAUGGAGGCCAGUUAUACGAAGAAAACAGACGUGGGGAUAGUUCAGUCCAAGUCCUACAGCUGCUCCUCCUCUACCUCCAGCAGCAGCUCCACCAGGAAAGUGGGCAGUGUGUUUGACCGCGAGGACGACUCGGCGUCCCGUGCUGCGGAGCGCCGGCAGGCAGAGAAGCGCAAGGAGCUGAUGAGAGCCCAGACUCUGCCCAAGAUGUCUGCCGCACAGUCCCGCAAAGCCAUGAUCGAGAAACUGGACAAGGAGAGCGGAGGGCCAGGAAAUAAAGCAGUUGCCAAGGUGAACACAGUCCAGCGCUCGGCUAGCUGCGUGGUGCCCAAUGCCAACUCCAUCAAACAGAUGCUCCUGGACUGGUGCCGCGCCAAGACCCGCUCAUACCAGAAUGUGGACAUCCAGAACUUCUCGUCCAGUUGGAGUGAUGGCAUGGCGUUCUGUGCCCUCGUGCAUAACUUCUUCCCAGAGGCCUUUGACUACUCCUCUCUCACCCCUGCCAACCGCAGACACAACUUUGAGGUGGCCUUCAGCACUGCAGAGGAAUGUGCCAACUGUAUGCCCCUGUUGGAGGUAGAGGACAUGAUGAUCAUGGGGAGGAAGCCUGACUCCAAGUGUGUGUUCACCUAUGUGCAGUCACUGGUCAAUCACCUGCGCAGGCACGAGAUGAAACUCGCCAAACUCCAGGGCACCAACCUCUGAUCUGCUCACUGUGUAUCUUCCCCCAUCGCACCCCUCCUCUCCUCCUAAGCUCUGGUCCUGAACACCACCCAUGUCCCAAAAGACAGCAGCCCGACUCAAUGAGGGGUGUUACUGAUUUGCACAUCUGAUGGCCAACGUGGUGGGGAGUGUGUUUGUGUAGGUGUUGGCAUCUGUCUUAUGAUUAUCUUUGUUGAUGGUGGUGGCAUGUCAGACAGAUAAAUUCCCUUCCUCUGGACGCAUUUGUUUAGGCUGUGCGAACCUUCCCAUCUUCCAGAAAGAGAAUUCCAAAGUUUAAUAGAGAAUCUUUAAGCUUUAAUUGAUAUUUUUAUUUUAUACUGAUAUUUAGUUGUACAGCCUAUCAGUCAUAAGGCAGUUCUAUACAUGGUUUGGAAGUCUGAAGAUAAACUACCAACAAAACCCUACAUGAAAUGUACAUGAGAAAAAUAGGAAUUUUACUGUAUUCCCUCACCCACAUUAAUGCCUAAAUGUUUUUGUUUUCUGUGACAAUUGCAAGAUGUUACUCAAGCUGUUGGCGAUGAUGAAGAAAACAAGUAUGAUAUGAGGCAUUGUUAAUAUUCCUUCAGUCCCCACUCUCGUACUGUUAAAGGUGUUGCUAAACACAUCUAUUUGAAUUGUUUUAAAUAGUGCUUUGUAUGGAGGGAUGUUAAUUAUUAUUUGGUGGGUGCUUAUAUUUAUUCUAUUACACACACGUACAAGUAUUUAUUAAUACGCAUGUGUGAAUUCGAUUAUUUUUUGCAUAUCACAACUCUCCCUGAGACAUCCUCGAGAAAGUGGGAUCACAACCAGGGUCUGGACACUAGACCAAUUAGGAUUAAAUGCCUUGCUCAAAGGCACAGACAGAUUCUUCACCUUGUUGGCUCGAGGAUUUGAACUAGCGACCUUUCGGUUACAAGCGCAACACUAACCCAGGGAUGGGAAACUCUAGUCCUCAGGGGCCGGAGUGGUGUCACUUUUUCUCCACCCCUAUCAAACACAGCUCAUUAAACUAACUGCAUUCUAAACUGAA